AUGUUCACUUCCAAUAAUGCCUGCUUUGUACCUACCUCUCUCUGGCUCACUGGAAUCCCAGGGCUGGAGUCCCUGCACAUCUGGCUCUCUAUACCCAUUGCUUUCAUGUACCUGGCAGCUGUGGUGGGGAAUGUUACUGUCCUUGCAGUGGUGAAAAUGGAGCGCAGUCUGCAUCAGCCCAUGUACUUCUUCCUGUGCAUGUUAGCUGUCAUUGACUUGGUCCUCUCAACCUCUACCAUGCCCAAACUACUGACAAUAUUCUGGUUUGGUGCCCAUAACAUUGGCUUGGAUGCUUGCUUGGCCCAGAUGUUCUUUGUCCACUGCUUUGCCACUGUUGAGUCAGGCAUUUUCCUUGCCAUGGCUUUUGAUCGUUACGUGGCCAUUUGUGAGCCACUUCACCAUACCUCGAUACUCAAUCAUGCAGUGGUAGGUCAUUUGGGGCUGGCUGCUCUCCUCCGGGGAAUACUCUACAUUGGACCCCUACCUAUGCUGAUUCGCCUAAGACUCCACCGCUAUCGGACUCAAAUCAUUGGACAUUCCUAUUGUGAGCACAUGGCUAUAGUCUCCAUGGCAUGUGGUGACACUAGAGUCAACAACUUAUAUGGAAUGGGAAUUGGCUUCCUAGUGCUAAUCUUGGACUCAUUAGCUAUCACUGCCUCCUAUGUGUUAAUUUUUAGGGCUGUAGUGGGACUGACCACCCCUGAAGCUAGGCUUAAGACCUUAGGAACAUGUGGUUCUCAUGUUUGUGCUAUUCUCAUCUUCUAUAUACCUAUUGCUGUUUCCUCUCUCACCCACCGCUUUGGCCAUCACAUGCCUCCCCAUAUCCAUAUCCUCUUAGCCAAUUUUUACCUUCUCAUCCCACCCAUUCUUAACCCAGUUGUCUAUGCUGUCCGUACCAAGCAGAUCCGAAAGAGACUUCUCCAUAUUUUUAAGGUUAGUGUUCAACCUACUUGA